AUGUACGCGAACGCCGUGUUGGAGAACUUGUUUGGUACGAUCGGGGCGAUCCUAUGGAGCAUUCAAUUGAUCCCGCAACUGGUGAGUUUCAUCGUUCCAUUGCCGAGCGCUGUCAAGCGCCCACCGCACUUUCGCAGCGGCUUCGACUAGACUAGAGCCGACGGAAUGCGAGGCACGCAGUCAUUGGUCACCGAGCUACUUUGGGGCUCGCCACGGGUGCAUGUGAUCGUCGUUGGACAUGUGCUUUCCACGUUCUUCACGGGUGAGAAUCCCGGUACUAUUUUGUCAACUUGUUUUUGUCCUCAGUGGAAGUCGUACAGGCGGAAGAACACGGCCGGGUUGUCAAGCGCGAUGCUCGGGAUCUGGUUUUUUGCAGGCAUCUGGCUUGGUGGGUCAUCUACAACACUUUUUGGACCAAUGCGAUUCGAGUUGAGCUGACAUGUCGCCGUCAAUCGCCAUCUCCACCUCCUUCAGGUGCCUACGUGCUCAUUGAAAACCUUUCGAUCCCGCUGCUCAUACAGUGAGUUGUCUUUCCCACGACACUCGUGCUGGGCCUUUCACAUUGCAUCCGGACUGCCGUAACGCCCAUCAAGUGGCUGCAAGACGCCGCGAGCCGUCGCUGACAUGAUUCUACCUUUCGCUCCUGGUGCAUCAGACCGCAGCUUUUCUGUUUUUUCGCCGCCAUCGCCUACGCACAAUGCCUCUACUACGACCAGAACAGGUCCGCCACGUUCGCGACAACUGUUUGCGUCGUCUGCUGCUCCCUCGCUGGUGGACUUGAGGCUGGUCUCAUCUUUGCGGCUAGGGUGAGCCUCAUUCCCACCCGCGCGCCCCUGUCUCCGCAUUCCACGGCCGACGAAGCGCUAACCCUUGUCGCUUCUCCUUUCGAUUGACCCCACCACAAACAGCAUCUCGAAAGCCGCGGCAACACGCGCCUCACAACCGCGAUCGGGACCAUCUCAGCCAUCUUCAUCGUCCUCGGUCUCUUACCCCAAUACUACGAGAUCUACCAAUACCGCGCCGUGAUCGGCAUCUCGCUCAUUUUCAUCACCAUCGAUCUCGUCGGUGGAGUCAUGUCGACGCUUUCCCUCGUCUUCGCAAAAGGUUCUUUCGACACUUUGGCAGCAUUGUCCUAUGCCGCUGUCGUGGUGUUGGAGAUUGGGAUACUGGCGUUGGUGCCGGUGUUGAACCCGCGGUAUCAUCGAAGGCAGGAGGAGCGGAAACCGGAAGAGGAUGAAGCCCUGUCAAAGGGGACAAUCGACACCAUCAUGUGUGAAACCCCGGAAUCGUUAGGAAAAGUGGUGUAG